AUGCUCUCCAUCUCUCAGUUGCCGAGUUUCUCAUUAAACAAAUCCCUUCGCUCUCCUUGUUCUUCUUCUCUUUCUCUCUUCUCCUCCUUCUUCCCUAGAGUUUCGAGAUUAGUCAGAGCAAGUUCCGGAAUCUCCAAUUUAACCCUCUGUAGUAGCACACCGGAGAGAAUCCCGAGAGUCAAUAACGCCGGCCUCAAACUCGACGAGACAGUCGACGCCGUUAAAGGGAAGAUCCGCCUUGAUUCGUGGAUCUCUUCUCGCGUCAAUGGCGUCAGCAGAGCUCGCGUACAGUCCAGUAUCCGUCUGGGGCUCGUCAGCGUCAAUGGCCAAAUCGUCGAUAAGGUUUCGCACAAUGUAAAAUCUGGCGAUGAGGUCAAUUGCACGAUCUCAGAGCUUCAACCUCUGAAAGCUGAACCUGAAGACAUUCAAUUGGAUAUAGUUUACGAAGACGAACACCUCCUCGUUGUUAACAAACCAGCUCACAUGGUUGUUCAUCCUGCGCCUGGAAAUCCUACGGGAACGCUUGUGAAUGGCAUACUUCACCAUUGUGCUCUUCCCUCUGUUGCUUACUCAAACCAAGAAGAUGAUUCCGAUGAGGAAACUCUUUCAGAUGAUGAAGAGAUGACCUCUUCUAGCUCGUUAGCUGCGUCUGUGCGUCCAGGGAUUGUUCAUAGGUUGGAUAAAGGGACUAGUGGACUUCUCGUUGUAGCCAAGGACGAAUAUUCUCAUGCUCAGUUGGCAGAGCAGUUCAAGCUACACACGAUUGAGAGAGUGUAUGUGAGUCUUACUACUGGAGUUCCUUCUCCAUCUCAGGGGCGUAUUGAUGUGCCGAUUGGUCGUGAUUCGAAUAACCGGAUCCGUAUGGCUGCUAUUCCUGGAUCUUUAUGCCGUGGCAAAGCUCGUCAUGCUGCUAGUAGGUAUAAGGUAAUUGAAACACUCGCUGGAGGUGGCUCUGCAUUGGUUGAGUGGAGACUAGAAACCGGCCGUACACAUCAGAUACGUGCUCAUGCCAAGUAUAUAGGAGUUCCUCUAUUGGGUGACGAAGUGUAUGGUGGAACGAAAAGCAUGGCGCUUUCUCUUCUGCAGAAACGAGUCUCCCGCAGUGAUCAGGAGCAGAUCAUAGAGCUGAUUUCAAGAAUGGAUAGACCUUGCCUUCAUGCUAUAGUUCUUGGCUUUAAGCAUCCGUGCACUGGAGAAACUGUGAAGUUUUCAUGUCCACCGCCGUCAGAUCUUGCAGAGAUCGUAGGCUUGCUUCGUCGAAGCGGAAGAGAGAAAGAGAAAGUAACCCAAUUCACUGCUCUCUGA